AUGCGUGGGGUGCUGGACAUUCGAGUUGAGGCCACUGGUGGCGCCGAAGACAGCGGCUAUCACUCAGGAGUGCAUGGGGGUGCCGUGGAGGAGCCAAUGCAGAGCUUGGUGCAAUUAUUGAGCCAGAUGUAUGACCCUUCAACUGGACGCGUGAAAAUCCCCCGUUUCUAUGACGCUGUUCAGCCCCCCGAUUACGCAGAGUUACAGCGCGUCAAGGCUGCGGCCGAUUCCGUGAAGACUGGGUGGGUACAGCGUGCAUCUGCCGGCGGAACUAGCGACCCCAACGAGCUUCUUCGGAAAAGUUGGCUGGAACCGUCAAUGUCUUUGCUGGGCAUAGAUGCGUCUUUAAAGGGGAAAUGCCCCCAUGCUGGAGGAGCUAUGCGCGUCAUCCCUUCAACUGUUUGCGCAGAAAUCAGUUUGCGUCUUGUGCCCCAGCAGGGGCCUAAGGAAAUAUUCACUCUAAUUCGUGACUACCUUCAAGAGUCAUUCAAAAAAGCAUCUUCGGCGAGCAAACUGGCAGUUCAGUGCCUCCGCCAAGGACGUUCCUGGCGGGCAGAUUUGAAUGCGCCCAGAACGCGUGCAUUAUACGGGGCAGCACAUGCAGCGAUCAAAGAGGUUUGGGGUGUUGAGCCACUCUACGUACGAGAAGGGGGCUCCAUGCCAGCAAUUCCGUUUCUUGCCGACGCCUUUCGGAGGCUUCCUGGGCCCCUGGGCCAAUGCCAGGGCUCAGAUGAAGUUGCAGUUUGUCAGUUGCCAUUUGGGCAGGCCAGCGACAAUGCCCACCUACCAAACGAACGACUGGGAAUUCGGCAAGUCGAAAAGGGUGUUGACGUGCUUGCAUGUACGCUCGAAUCUCUUGCGGCGCGACUGGCGGAAAGUACAUCGCGGCCUGUAGUCGCUCUGUAG